CAACAGCACGCUUUAGCCGGGUAGCACUGUAAUCGAAGUUAUUGGUUUUCUCGCAUUUAUCUACCUUAUAUUUUGGUAUCUACAGCUCGGAAACAGACAUAAGGACCACCACACACAGAAUCUUGCUGUAACCAUGGUUACCAGACCUUACAGAGACUAAGUUGAAUGAACAAAACUAUAUCACUAUUUACUACAAUAAUAUAUAUAUAUAUAUUAAGAUGAGAGCUGAAAUUAUUUCCAGGCCUACUAUGUACAUGAUUAUACGAGGUAUUGUCCUGUUCGCUGUGGGUGUCUUUUUUGCAUUGGUGCUAAAUCUGUUGCAAGUACAGCGUAAUGUAACGUUAUUUCCGCCCGAAGUGUUAGCCAGCGUCUUCUCAUCAGCGUGGUGGGUACCGCCAUGUUGUGGUACAGCAGCAGCUUUAGUUGGUUUGUUGUAUCCAUGUAUGGAUGAUAGGCUUGGAGAACCACAAAAAGUACAGCAAGAAUGGUCCACUGUUAUGAGAUGUGUAGCUGUCUUCGUUGGUAUCAACCAUGCUAGUGCUAAAAUUGAUUUUGCCAAUAAUUUACAGUUUUCGCUGACACUAGCUGCAUUAUCCAUUGGAUUAUGGUGGUUAUUUGACAGAUCACGCAGUGGAUUUGGGCUUGGUAUUGGUAUAGCGGUCUUAGCUACAUUUGUUACACAGUUACUUGUUUACAAUGGUGUUUAUAGGUACACAGAACCAGAUUUCCUUUAUGUACGAUCAUGGCUGCCGUGUAUAUUCUUCUCAGGUGGUGUGACAAUAGGCAACAUUGGUAGACAACUUGCAAUGUGGGAGGUAGAAACACAAAAGGAACAUUUGGAUUAAUAUGUUGUAAUAUGAAGUCAUGAAGAGUACAUUUCAAGAAUAUUGGUGCCUUUAUUUAUUAUACAAACUAUGUCAUGUUGCUCUGCGAGACAUUAAAUGCCAACAACGCGUGCCCUGUGAAUUGAAGUUGUGUAGAGAGCUACAUUUUACCAAAUGUUCAACUGGAAACAAUUCUUCAUAACCAUGAUGUGUUAACAGAUUAUUCCGUACUCUUAUCAUAUGACAAUACUCCAGACAAAGACAAUUCAAAACCUUGCCAUGCUGUGAGUGGUCGCUUUCUUUCAACCUUUUAACAGAAACAAUGUGGUUGUGGUUGGACACUGGAGGAAUAUGUGGAUAAAGUCAAACAGUUACUGCUUCAUCUACUUUAAGAUGCUGUGCAAGGCAACAAAGUAGCACAGUGUCAUCUAUGUAUUCUAUGUUUUGGAGGUACAGGUUUUGUAACAAUCACAGAUUUUUAUUUUAUUUUAAUGAUUAUAUUACCGGUAUAUAUAAUUGUAAGUUAACUAGUCGUUACCUGUGACAAAGCAGUGCAAUGUCAACUCCAUAGUGUACACAAACUAUACUUGGGUCUUGGGAUGAUCUAAUCUAAUCUACAUGCACCUAUAAUUCAACUAAUUGUUAGUUUGUUAAUCUGUCAUCACACAGUACAUGUGUAUGGUGGACUACCUCAUUAAGUAUAGGACAGGCAAGGGUCGUGUUGUGUAAUAAUUGCUAGGUAAACUAUGGCAAAAAACAUAUUGGACCAAGUGGGAGAUUUUUAUUUCUCAGGGUUUAUGCAAAUAUUCUGUGUGAAUCAGUAUUGAGUGCUUCAGGUAUCCAACCCCUAUAUCAUGCAGACUAAGUCUUAGUUUGUUACCAUUGAUAUUGAAUUUGAUUCAGUGGGUAUGCUCAUGCAUUCCUCGACUCAAAUGGACUAGAUAAUCCCUAAGCACAGCACCAAAAUACCUGAUUAGUUUAGUAUGUAUUCAAUCAGUGGAAGAAACAUAAAAUGAAACUAAGCAUAAAUGAACCCCUCUCAUGAAAAACGUUUUUUCCCAGUCACACUAAUUAUCAAGCAUCUGGCAGCAAAACUGUUUCCAUGAAAACCUGUACAGACAUGUUUGAAAGCGUGGUUGCAGUUGCGGUAACACAAUGCAAAGAAGUGUACAUUUCAUAACCCAAUAUUGGUUUCAUAUUUUAUUUGAUGCAAGAUAUAAUGUGCAUGUCUUCCAUUUAGACAUAUGCACCAACUCUGAUCCUGUU